AGGCGGGCGCGCCGGGCCAGCGCAGGAGGAGGCGGGCAGGGUGGGUCGAGAGAGAGCCUGACGGAGCGCGGCAUGGCUGGGGCGGGUUUGCUGCGGGGCGCGACCCGCCUCUCCGGGGCCCUCUGCCCGGGGCUGAGAGCGCGAAGCUACGCCAAGAAACCCGUGGGGAAGAGCAAAGCGAAAAGUGUGUUGAAAGAGGACCUCAAGGGCCCUGAAGUGUGCAAAGACCCCGUGUUACUCACCACCCACUCCAUGGGGACCAACAUCUACAAGGAAGGGCCCGAGGUGGCGCUGAAGCCUGACCGGGAGUAUCCCGAAUGCAAAUUCUUUGCUGCCGUCUUGGCUCCUGUCCUAUGGAGUGUAUUUCCAUCUAGGGUUGUCUUGUCUCAUCCUGGUUUUGGUGGCUUCUCGACCCCCAGGCUUUUCCAGAUGGACCUCGGUCCCCCCAAGAAGCUGGAAGAGCUAGACCCAGACACCCUGGGAUACUGGCGGCGUCUCCGGAAGUUGAACACCAUACAGUGGAACAAGAUACGGAAGGAACGGUCGUUCUGAUUUCGAACCGGUUUGCUAAAAGCGACUUUUGUUUCUUCUCCCCCCAAUGUAAAUAUUGACCAAUAAAUCGCCGUCUGUGCUGUGCGGUGGUUCUUACAA